UCUUUCUCAACCAAGUCUAACAGUGAUUCCUGCAGUCAUCAAAGAGAGAGACUCAGUUCAGCUGAACUGUCAGACUCCUCCAUCUGUCUCUGAGUGUUACUUCAAAAUGGCUGGGCAAGUGGAAUUCACCCUUCCAUCACCCUGUCAACAGACACUCACAGGAACACUACUGGUGAGGUGGACAGGUCAGAGUUCACCAGCUGAGGUCAAAAUACAAUGUCAGUACAGUGCUACAGGUUCACCGUUUAGAUCCAUAUACAGUGAGCCGUCAACAGUCACAAUUACGGACAUUCCCCAGCUGACAGUGAGUUCUACAGUCAUCAGAGAGACAGAAUCAGUUCAGCUGAGUUGUGAGACUCCUCCAUCUCUCCCUGUGUCUCACUGUUACUUCUACAUAGAGGAGAGGAAGAAUCUUCCAGACUCAUCCUGUACUCAGACACUCACAGGAACAGAGCUGCUCAAGAGGGCAGAUCAAACGUUUCUAGCUGUGGUCAAAGUGACGUGUUACUACACUGUAUGGAAGUCUCACACAUCUCCUUUUAGUGACCCUGUCUCAGUCACUGUUCAGGAUCCAAAACCAGACAUUACAGUCAAUUUAGAUGGGUACUUCAACAUCAUCUGUUUGAUUCGUGGAUCCGUCAGUCCUGACACCACCUGUAACCUGUAUGUUGGAGAGGAGAAUCAGCCGUCCUUCACAGUAAAGAUCAUGAAGAGAAAAGCCAUCUCAGCACCCGGACAGCAGUUCUGUCAAUUCACUCCAAAACAUAGUGAUCUGAUCAGUCGUCUACAGUCAGUGAGGCGUAAGGAGGUGAGCUGUGACUACAGAUUGAGCUCAGGACCAAACUCUCUCUCUCCACGUAGUGAUGGACACAGCUUUGCACAUCUGGUGGGAGUUCACAUCAGUGAUCCAACAACUAUACAGACACCUUCUAUAGCAGUGGGUAGUACUCCAGGUUCUCGAUCUACUUUGCCGUACAGCACGGCAGCGAGUCCUACAGAAGUUUCAACUGUUACUUGUACCUUUACCCCAGACACCACACUGACACCAACUACCAGUUUGACCUCCCCUUUGACCCCUAGCAGGGCAGUGAAUCCUUCAUCAGAUCCAAUGAUUUGCUUUACAUCAGGGUCGACUAUUUGCUGUACUUUGACCACUGACACCCCAGCAAGUCCAACUGAAAGAGGUCAAAGCUCCACAGAAAGUGAAGUGGAAUCAAACAGUCAAGAAAGCAUUCUGUUGGGGCAAGUAUGGCAGGCAGCAGUGGGUGUGGCUUCUGGAGUGGGCGUGCUCCUGGUAGGAUUGACAGCUGUCUGUCUCUGCAGGGGGACCAAGAAAACCAAUUCUCAGAGACCUACAGCCAGACAGGAUGAUCACAGACAAUAUGAUUUGGUGUCUAUGGGAGCGGUGAGCAGUGGAGUCAUGGUGGAUUCAGGAGAGGCUGGAAUCGAUUCUCAGAUAUCUUCUGUACUGUCCACGUUCAUGCCCUCAGGUCCCGUUGAUGUGGAUUCACAGGCAUUUGCAAAUGAACAUUCUGAUACAUACCAUGUAUACAGCUCAAUCCCUGACAGACCAGCAUCCUCAGCCCAGCCGGAUGGGUUGUACAGUCUGCAGACACACUGAAACUACACCUCUGGCUUUCUGUAUCUAUGUCUCACACAUCUCACACAAAUACAUUCUUUCUCACACGACAUCCUUUAUUAUCACUCAUCCAGUUACUGUAAAUAAGUUGAUUAACAGGUAAUAUUUCUACUGUAUUUCACAUGGACAACUGGUUUCUGUUACAUGUCUAUCCAUAAUAUCUGUUACUGUGUUAAUAUUUAUAUUUUGGGGAUUUUGGAGGGGUCCGGGGCAUACUCCCCUUUGAGCAUUUUUCUUAUUUCUUCUCCCUUGUAAAUGCUAAAUCUACUGUAUUUAAGUAUAUUAUGUUGACUGUUUGAUACCUUCUUCCAUAACAGUUGGAUACAAUUAAUUUCCUAUUGGGCAAAACAUAAUCCAAAACACAACCAAAACAAACUGCAAAUGCAUACAAACUCAAGUUUGUUGAGUCACAAGCUUGAUGCAUUUAUUGGGUGCAAAGAAUCUAGGAUCAAAAUACAUCAUGCUUGACUACUUUAAUAAACUAUAAAUGAAUUUGUCCAAAUACUUAUGACUUCUUGAAUUGAGGGGACUAUAUACAUAAAGUGCUUUUAUAUCUAAAUGGUAAAACAUACAAUACCUUCAAAAAGUAUUCACACCCCUUGACUUUUUCCAAAUUUUGUUAUGUUACAGCCUGAAUUUAAAAUGUAUGAAAUUGAUAUUUUUUUAUGUCCCUGGCCUACACACAAUACCGCAUAAUGUCAAAGUGGAAUUAUGUAAAAAAAAAAAUAAUAAUAAUAAAAAGUGUCAAUAAGUAUUCAAUUACUGUAACGGCGUUCUUCAUUUGUUGAAAGAGAGUCGGACCGAAAUGCAGCGUGGUGGUUACUCAUGUCUUUAAUGAAGAAG